CGCGAAUCCUCUCCGCCUUUGUUUGUUUCGUGGCCAUUGCGCAAGUCUCUCCCACAUUCCUUGAAGGGAACACGUAAAAGCCAUUGAUUGACGAAGUCCCAUUCUACUCUCGGUUCCUGGCUUGUAAGUUUGUUUUCGAUAGCCGGUUGUUCGGCUAUCCAUACCCGGCCAACAUCCAACCUUGGGGGGUGGUGGCACUUGUGGACAUGAUUCACCUUCAUAGAUGUUAACUUGUACUCUUUGAUAUUCCCAGACUACUGGCUGCGAUUCUAAAAAGUCUCAGUCAUCAUGGGACGACUCGAUGGGAAAAACGCCAUCAUUACCGGCGCUGCGGGGUAAGGGUUUUGACCUUAGGGAUCUGACGAUGUAACCCGGAGCACAUACUGACAGGACCAUAUCUAGCGGCAUUGGGCUCGAAACUUCCAUCCUCUUCGCCCGUGAAGGCGCCUCCAUUCUUAUGGCUGACAUCUCUGAGCCCGCCCUUGAAAAAGCACUUGCGAAGGUAAAACAAAUGGCGCCCAACGCCGUCAAGGUCGAAACGAUCAGGUGCGAUGUGUCCAGGGAGGCCGACGUUAAGACUAUGGUAGAGGCGCAGGACUCCUGGGGCGGAUGUGAUGUCAUUUUCAAUAAUGCAGGCAUCAUGCAUGCUGAUGAUGCGGAUGCCAUCGAUACGCCGGAGAAAAUCUGGGACAUGACUCACAAUAUAAAUGUCAAAGGAGUGUGGUACGGGUGUAAGCAUGCAGUUAUCAGCCUGCGCAAACACCGCAAGAAGCAUGGAAGCAUCAUCAACACUGCCAGUGUCGUCGCAUUGAUGGGAAGUGCAACCCCCCAAUUGGCCUACACUGCAAGCAAAGGCGCGGUGCUGGCGAUGACGAGAGAGUUGGCCAUCGUCCAUGCUCGUGAGGGAUUCCGAUUCAAUUCUCUUUGCCCCGCACCUUUGAACACCCCUCUCCUGCAAGACUGGCUGGGUGAUGACGUUCCCAAGCGCCAGAGACGCGAGAUCCAUUUCCCCACAGGCCGUUUUGGCGAAGCUGUAGAACAGGCGCAGGCCGUGCUUUUCUUAGCUAGUGACGAGAGCAGUUUUGUCAACGGCACAGACUUUGUGGUUGACGGCGGAAUGACCAAGGCAUACGUGACCCCUGAGGGACCGCCAACGACGGCGCCAAGAAACAAUGCGAGCUAAGUUAACUUUAAAAUAGCGUUCAGUCCCUACUUUUAAAUUAUUAGGACGUAAUAAGUAGAUAAGGUGUGAUGGGUCUAGUAAUAUAUUGAACCUCGGUGGUCGGAGUGCUUUGAUAUGCAACUAGCUAGUAUGGAGAGAAGAGACGGGGGAUUGUGCGUGUGGGGAAUCUGCCUCCGUAUUAUCUUUGUAUGUGGGACAGGGGGAAAAAAAGGUCCUAACAAUCUCAUAAAUAGACUUGAGGAAGGGAAUAAGUUAAUUAUAUGCCAUUUUCCUUUUU